AUGGAAGAAGCUACGGGUCAAGAAGAAUACUUGUUUGAAAAGUUUGUUUUUUAAAAUUAUUUUUAAAUUCAUUUAUUUAUUUUUUUAGACCAAAAGGCGGUCGUCGUUAUUUGGGAAAACCACACCACAAAGGAAAAGAUCACAUGUUCAAUAUUUUGCGAACUGAAAAACAUUUGGAAAAAACUGUCGAAGGUCAAGUUAAAAACCAAGAAUCUUCUGACAACUUUGAACCUGAUGUAAAAUAUUCGCUGAACAAAAAACAACGCUGGGAAUUGGCUGAAAAUCCAGUUGAAAUGCUGAAAAUGGCACCAGAAUCAAUGGAAGUUCAUGUUGUUGAAAAAAAUAUUAUGAGAGGUGGGUAGAAAAAAAUUAUUGAAAAGGGGAAUUUUGUAUCAUUGAUAUUCUUUUCAGAAGAUGCUGGAACUUUUGCUGUUCAUUCAAAAAUUCGAAAUGGUGAAGAUCCUGAUGAUUUUGAUGUUCGAAGUUGUUUCACUUCAGGAUCUGGACAAGAUUUUUCGAAUUUCCUUCCUGAAUCUCGUGAACUUAGCGAGAAGAAACGUGGUUCCAAAAAUAAGUUGAAUAAUGUAGAAGAACCCGAAAUCAAACCUACAGUAAUCUAUAAUAUUUAUCGAGCUCAUAAAAGCAAAGAAAUGAUUGAAUUAUCAGCACCAAAAGGAAGAAAACCAAGAAAAGCAAGGAAAAAUGAAAAUUUGAUGAAUGAAAUUGUAUAUUCAGAAGAAGAAUCAGAAUAUUCGGAAAGCGAUGAAAAAACUGAAGAAGUAAGAGAACAUUUGGAAUAUUCAUUAUGUCUUGAUGAAGAGAAGAAAACGAAACAAAAGAAGACUAAAAUUCAACAAACAUCUGAAAGUUCAACAUCAGAUUUUGAAAUUAUUCCCAGAGAGUUUCCAGAAGUUUCGGAUUUCUCACAAUAUCUUCGAGAUCAUCCUUAUACUUUGAUCACUCUUCCAAUUCAUUUCACCAAAAUUUCCACAAAAAAUUUGCAACUUCAAAGUGAAGUUAAAGAUUUGCUAGAAAAAAAUGUGGUGGUUGAAACGAUUACUGAAAAUGAUAUUAUAGUGGAUAUCUCAAAAUGGAUCAAUCCAUAUGUAAAAGUUCAAGGACAAAGUGAAUUGUUAGUUGGAAUAAGUCAUUUCAAUCGCAGGAUUUGUACUUUCAUUAUCAGUUCAACAAUUGAUGUUAGAGAAAGUUCUGAAUCUAUUCGAUCAAAAAUAACAAGUUCUGUUAAUUUAUAUGAGGCACUUCGAUCAAUCAGUGAAAUUGUAUUAUCAAAUCGAAUUCGAGUUGAAAAUGCAAAAAUUAUUGAAGAAGGUUUGAUUGUUGAUGAUUUAUAUAAAAAAGAAGAAGAAACAAUUCCAAAUUGUGAAUUUACUCGAGAAAAUGGAACUCCAAUUGAUUGGUCAUUUAUUUGUUCAAUGGUUCAUUCACCAAAUCAAAACUUCGAAUUUUCAACAUGUGGAAUGUGUGAUAUUUGCAAUCAACAAUCAUAUUCUGGAUUAUAUUCUUCAACAUGUUCAAAUUGUUUAUCAUCCAGAUUUUUCCACGAAUUCAGUUCUCACAAUAUUCCAUCACAAAUUCCUUAUAAUGUUCUUCAACGAAUUAUUCCACUUCCAAUUUUGAAUCUUUAUACAACACAACUUUUUGAAGAAUUCCAACCGGCUGAAAAAUGUCCAAAUUGUAUGACUCUUUUGACAUUUUCGGAAGAAAAAAAAUGGGAUGAUCAUAAAUGUGGAAAUUGUGGAACAAAUUAUUGUUCGAAGUGUCGAAUUCAAAAACCUCAUUGGCCUAUGAAAUGUUCAGAAUUCGAAGAAUGGAACAAAAAAUGGGAGGCAAGAUUGGAGUUUGAAAAUGCGCAAGGAAAUGGAACUGAAACUCUUCUUAAAAUGGUUUGUCAAUGUCGAAAAGGAAUUAUUACUGUGAAAAUGCCUUGCGAAGGAAUUGAUCAUAUUAUUUGUCCAGCUUGUAAAAUAUGGAUAUCAUUAGAAAAAAUGAAGAUCAUUUAUAAGAAAUGCUAUUAUCCUUGGAGUGCGAGAUGUCGUAAAAGAUGGCAAUCAAAUCCUGAUUGGAGAGAAAAUAUUCGAUUUGCUGUGAGUUUCUAAAUUGUUUGAUCUUUUCAAAUCAAAAUUGUGUUUUUCAGCGAGAUUUCCAACCACAUUCAACGCUUUCAAUUCCUAUCAAAGAGAUUCCAAUAUUUCCAAAAAAUGUGAUUGAAAAUUGUCGAAAUGGUCGAAAUAUUGGAAAAAAUAAUGGAUAUUUGAUUGAAAUGAUCACAGCUUGGAUGUAUAUGCAAAAAGGAAACAAGGAAAAUGAGGAAGAGUUCAAGAAAAUCCGAAAAAUUGUGGAAAAUCUACAAAAUGAAAACAACUACGAUUUAUUGAUACAAAAAGUUAAUUCGAUCAGUAAAUAA